CGUUGCUCGUGCAUUGGUAAGGCGAAGACAGUUAUCAUUUGUCACCUACGUAGUAUGGUUGAUAUUCUUUGAUCGAUGUUAAAUAUCAGUAUAAUAAUACUGAAACUGAUUCUGUGGAUAAGUAAAUAUUUUUACAAUUUUUGCAUCGGUGAUAAGGUUUUAAAGUGAUCUCUAUUAUACCACAGUAUGCCUGAGGUUUGCGAGAAUUUUGAGACCCUCCAAAACAUCAUUGGUGAACCUUCGAACUUAUAUCCAUAUUCAUAUGGACUUAACAUGAAUAUCUUGAGCCCAAGUCAUAGUUCUACUGAUUCUCAAGGAACUAGCAGCUCUGCAUCACCAAUGUCUGUUUCAUCUUCCCCUUUUCAUAUAACAAAUUACAUUACCUUAAACAAUGCCACAGUUAUGGGUAAUCCACAACUUCGAAUUGUGGUGCAACCUGUGGAUAAGUUCAGAUUUCGAUAUAGAUCUGAAAUGAUGGGAACACAUGGGAGCUUAUUAGGAGCCAGUAGUACUUCCAAUCGGAAGAAACAAGCACCCUCAGUUGAACUUCUGAAUUAUCCUGGAAGAGCAGUAAUUCGAUGUACUUUGGUAACAUCUGAUCAGACACAAAGAAUACCUCAUGCUCAUCAUUUGGUACGAAGGGAAGAUAAUAACGAUCGAGACGAUCCAUAUGAAAUUGAAGUAUCUCAAGAAAAGGGAUAUAUUGCUUCUUUUCAAGGCAUGGGAAUUAUCCAUACUGCCAAAAAACAUAUAAAAGAUGAAUUAAUAACAAAAAUGAAGCUAGAAGCAUUGGAAAAGGCACGGCGAUCCAAUGUAGAUGCAAAUCUUACUAUCCGUGAAGAAACUCAGAUUAAAAUGGAUGCUGAGGCAGCACAAAAAAAUAUGAAUUUAAAUAGCGUCGCACUUCGGUUUGAGGCAUUGUAUUACGGGCAAAAUGACGUGCUAGUACCCUUAACAAAACCUGUGUACUCUAAUCCUAUAAAUAAUCUGAAGAGCGCCUUAACUGGCGAACUGAAAAUUUGCCGAAUUGAUAAAUGUACUAGUAGCUGUGAUGGAAACGAAGAAGUCUUCUUAUUGGUCGAAAAAGUUGGAAAAAAAAAUAUAAGAAUAAAAUUCUUCGAGGUGGAUGAUGACGAUAAGAUGAUUUGGUGUGAUUAUGGACAAUUCUCUGAAUUAGAUGUACAUCAUCAAUACGCCAUAGUAUUCCGAACGCCUGCAUACAGAGACAGAGAAAUAACAACGCAGAAAGAAGUAUUUUUGCAAUUAGAACGACCUUCUGAUGGGGAUUGUUCUGACCCCAUAAAAUUCACUUACAAGCCAAGUGAUAAAAUGAAAAAUAGAAAGAGGCUUCGCAGUUCGUAUUCAGGAAGUGCCGAAUUGUUUCCAUCAACACUUCCUCGAACGAAUGAUAUUUUUGCCUCAAGUGAUCUUUUUCCUAUUAAUACAAAUGGUAUCAGUUCUCACGAGCUGGAGAAAUUGAUUUAUGCUGACGAUUGUAAUUCUGAGGAGUUCAAAGAUUACUGUAAAAACAUUAAUUUGGAUAUUUAUUGUCAGACACUUCCUUCAAACGAUGUCACAAUGAACACUUCGGGUAUGGAAACCCAAUUAACUGUAGAUGGACCUGCCGCAGAGCUACCACGUGACGAUGUUAAUUUCUGCAAGAGCAUAUUUCUUCAAAUAGUUAAUACUUCGAAAAAAGAACCAUUAAAGCUGAAAGAAAAAUGUAUUACCUUAUUAAAAGAGAGAACAGCAUAUGGCGAUUCUCCGCUUCAUUCGGCCCUUCGUCAUGGUCAAAUCGAAAUCAUCAAGUACAUUUUACUACUUCUGGAUAGCGACGCAGACUAUAAGGCAUUGGUUGAUGCACAAAAUAGUUCGGGAAAGACACCUUUACAUUAUGCAGUGAUACAAAAUCAAGUAGCUGUAACAAAAGCGUUAUUAAUGCUGGGUGCAGAUCCCAAUAUAUGCGACGAUCGUGGGGUAUCACCAUUACAUGCAGCUGUUAAAGUUCCAGAAGCAGGUAUCUGUGUUGAUGCAUUAUUGACGAAAAAUGUAAAUAUAGAAGCCCGUGAUGAUGCUGGUUGGAGACCUAUUCAGUUGGCAGCAGAAGCUGGAUCUUUGCAUGCCGUUAAAUCUCUCAUAAAUGCUAGUGCUGAUGUCAACAGCAUUGAAAUGUGUUAUGGUCGUACAGCUCUCCAUAUUGCAGUUGAAGGAGGACACAAAAGUAUCGUUGAAUUCCUUUUAAAAGAGACUAAUAUUGACGUCAAUAAGGGCAAUUUUAAUGGUAACACUGCGUUGCACAGUGCUGUUGUAAAUACUGGAACACGUGCUAAGGAGUUAUGUGAACUGUUAAUAAAGUACGGAGCCGACCCAUCAAUUGCGAAUCAUCAUCGAAAGUCCAUUAAGGAAGGAGAUGUUUCUGUAAAGCGUGAAGUCACUUCUGACGAUGAAGAUGCCGACGACGAAAAUGGCCAAACCUCAUUUGAUCUUGCUCGCAAUAAGCCAGAUUUGUAUCAGGUACUAAGUGGCGAAGGGAUGGAUCAAAGUGAAACAUCAAAAGCAGUGCAUGUGAAACAGGAAGUCAUAGAAAAUUGGCCAAACACUAACGAAAUUUUGCGUUUAGCAUCUAUUCUUGAUAAGACACAAGGCUGGAAACAGCUCAUAGAACGUCUAGAUUAUGGAUUUUUGUUGUCUACUCUAAGGGAGAAGCACAUCAGCCCUUCACUUACGAUUCUAAAUUAUGCAGAUUUACAAGGGGAUAUUUCAAUACAGUACUUGCGCGAAAUACUGAAAUCGUUAAAUGAGAAAGAAGCCGUUGUAGUAAUCGAUGAAAUUUUAUCAAAACGAUAAUAAAAGAAAUAAAGAGGCACGAAAGGAAAGCAUUUGAUGAUACUAAGCCAUUUUAUGACAUAUUGUCACUAACGUGUAUGAUAUAUCUACUGCAUUAUAACAUUGUAGUUAUGUAGGAAGACUUUCAUUUCUUUAGGUUUUGAAAUAACGUUUGACGCACUAUUAUUUAUAUAAUUAUUCUGAAAUCAUUCGUUAUCUAUUAAUUCGUACAAAUGACAAUGAUAAUAAGAAAUAUUGUAUUAUAAGUGUUUUAAAAUUGUGUACUUGUGUUUAACUAGAAGCAACUAAGAUUAACGAUUUUUCUCUCUAAUGAUGAAAUAUCCCAAAUAUUAUUGAAGUUCUUGUAUUGUAUAUAGUUAUCCUGAAGAUGAACAUCUUUUAUAUUAUAAAAUACAGCUAUUUUUUAUUUGAUAUUAUUCCUUUUACUUAUAAUCAGCCCACAAGCAAAAUAGUUGGUAACCGAAGGAAAAAUGUGAAGCCCGUACAAAAAUUUGGUAUUGCCAAUGCUUUUGUUGCCAAAAGUAAUAAUUGGCAAAUUGAGGAAAAACCAUUCGUUAUCUUUGGCAAUAAAAAUAUUGACGAUGGCGAAUUUUAGUUACAAAAGUCUCUAGCACGAAAUAUGUGUAUUCAUCUGUCACUUUUAGGGCCAGUUUUUCCGACACAAUUCAAUAUGUAAAUUAUACUUUGUGAGCACCAGUCAUCUGCACAAUGGCUCGAAGUGCGGUACGCUUACACAUAUACAUGUUUUUCUCAAAACUACAUUUUCGAAAUUGGUGUGCAAGAUAACUCCAAAACUGAUCCACCGAUCUUAAUGAAAUCUGACACACAUUUUCUUAACAUUAUUUCCCAGAGAUUGAACCCAAAGUAUUUGUUGUAAUAAAGGCCCAAGGAAGACCCCUAAUAUAUCGCCAGAGGACAUCU